GCGGGGAGCCAUGGUUUGCCGUUUGCACCUGGCCUCACUACCUGAAAGGAGCCUAUAUUCAGCAUGCUGUAGCCACUGGCCAGUGGACGAAUUGCCGUUUUCACGUGCCACAGCUCAACAUGAGCUCUCGACCCUCUGCCCUCCAUGAGCUCUCGACCUUCGCCGAGAGAUUUCGACGAGAGCGACAAGGAGAAGGACCUCGGCAAAGGACAUGAAGCAAAACGCCCUCAGAUUCCGAAGGACGAAGACCUUGAUCUCGUCAACCCGGACCUGGAGAAGGAUGAAGAUAUGGAAGAUGCAGCCCAAAGCCCCACGCGGCUCUACGAUGAGGCCAUUCCCAGGCCGCCCCACGAGGUCAGUCGGGGAACCUCAGAGGUGGUGGCGAGCAUUCGGAGCAUCCGGAGUCAGCGAACCUACGAACUUAGCCGCUUUGCUGGAGAUGCCAACCGCUCAGAAGCAAGUGGGCUGAGGGCGCAGUCUGAGGCAGAGAUGGGACACGUUCCUGGAGCUUUAUGCGAUGAGCUGGAGCAAAGCCCACCUGAAUCAGCUGGUGCCUGGGGUUCGAAGCGCCAGAGCCGACGGUUUCAGGUCAAUAUUUGCAAGAAGGGCAAGCAGCUGGGGCUUCGAUAUGAUGAUACUGAUGGACUGGCCCUGGUCAUCAGCAAUAUCGACCCAGGCGUCUUCUAUGAUUCGAUGAUGGAGCUGAGCUCGGAUCAGUGGGCCAUGCCAGAUGAUUGCAUCAUCGAAGUCAAUGGCGUGCGUGGGAACAGAGAGAGGCUGGAGGAGCAAUGCAUGAACUCUGAUGUCCUCUCCAUGACAUUGGAACGACUUCUCCCUCCUCCGAACCAGCGGAUCUUCUGCCAAAACUCCGAUCCCACGGUCAUUGUGCAUGCCUACGACCUGUUUGGGCAUGGCAAGGGGAUUUUGUCCUGCAUGGCUCGCACCGUGAACAGUGUCAGUACGCGCUUUGGCCUAUUUCACACAGGCGUAGAGGUCUUUGGCAACGAGUGGUUCUUCGGCGCCUCCCUGGAGGGCCUCUUCCAUGGAGUGAACUGCGCUACGCCCAAGCAGCACCCCGUGCACCGCUACCGCACCAGUGUGGCUUUGGGCUCCACAAAGAUCACUCCUGAUGGCUUUGAAGAAAUCAUGCCGCUGAUUAGAAUGAAGUGGCCUGCAUGGACAUACAAUCCGAUUUCCAGGAACUGCCACACCUUCACAGAUUUCUUUUGCCACGUUUUGGGCUUCCAGUCAGUGCCAAAAUUCGGACUGUUCAGCCGCGCGCCGAAGGAUGCGCCAGGUGCCAGCUUGGCUGAUAUGCGGUCGCUCGUGCCCUGCGGAGCUUGCCCAUCACUCUUGACCAGCGAGGGUCGAGUCAUGCCCGUGUCGCCCCGCAGCGGCGCCAGCUGCGUUCGCUUCGAGCAGUGACGUUUGCUGCGGAUGCGGUCAGUGCUUAGCGGUCACGGGCUGGCGGCAGUGAACGAAAACGUCUUUUCAUUCAGCUGACCCUGUGACCAAAUGAUGGUUUCGGGGCAGUUUGAAAGGGUGUCAAUGCGGGAAGAUCCCCCACCAUUAGGGACGCGUUGCUUUCGAUCAGG